AUGGCAGCAGAAAUUAUAAAACCUUCUAUUGGACAAAAGUUUAAUAGUUUUGUAGAUUUAGAAACAUUUAUUAAAAAUUAUGGAAAACAAGAAAAAGAAGUUUUUACUGUGUUUUCUAGUCAAACUAUUAAAAAUCAUCAUCUCUUUCGAUUUAGUGUUGAUCAUUCAUUAAAAUAUGUGUAUGUUGAAUAUCGAUGUAAAUUUGGCAAAGAGCGUGAAACAACUGCCGAGCAUCGGCGGUCAAGUACAUACAAAAGAAAUUGUGAAGCAUUUAUACAUCUGAAAUUGUCACCAAACAAAAGAGAACUAGAGAUUGACAGCUUAAACCUGGAUCACCUUAAUCAUGCACAGUCGAAGUUAUGCUAUAACGCUAUAGUGGAAAAUCGAAAAUUGUCACCAAGUAGCCUACAAAAAUAUCAAAAACUUUUUGAAACUGAUGGCAAAAAUCAACUCAUUAAAAAUGUGAUUGCAAGAGAAACAAACAAGUUCUUAUCAAAUAGAGAUAUACAAAACAUCAAAUCUAGAAAUAAAUUGUAUGAAAAAAAAGAUUUGUUGGACAUUCAACAUUUACUUCAACAUGAUUAUCGCUGCCAAGUUGAAAUACGAUGUGACGAACAAAAUUACUUUAAAGGAAUUUAUUUUUCAACUGAAGAAAUGAGACGAUCUAUGUCAUUGUGGCCUGAAAUAGUCUUUGUUGAUGGCACUUACCAAUUAACUAAUUUAGACUUAACACUAAUGAUUUUAAUGGUGGAAGAUGGUAAUGGACGUGCUGAAAUUGUUGGUGCUGCAUUUAUAGCCGUAGAAGAUGCUGAUACGAUGAAAUGGUUUUUUGAAUCAUUUAAAAAACAAAAUUUUGAAUCCUCUAAAAGAAUUUUGUGCUUUAUGACUGAUAAAGACAUGACUGAAAGAAAUAUGAUUCGUGAAGUAUUUCCGAACGUAAUUCUAUAUCUUUGUUUAUUUCAUACAUUAAAGACAUUUAAGCGCACGGUUAAUGAUAAAAAAUAUAGUCUUCAACCAGUUGAGAAAGAAACUAUUUUAAAACUUCUUGAAGGUUUAGUUUAUAGUGUAGAUGAAAGUGAUUAUCAAAUUAAGUAUGAUAAUUUCAAAGAAUUAGUACCUACUAAAAUAGUGCAAUACUUCAAUGAUAACUGGCAUCAAAAUCAUUCAGAAUGGACAAAAUAUUCAAUGAUUUAUGGUAAUUUCAAUAAUACCACCAACAAUAGACUUGAAAACGUCAAUGGAAAAAUAAAAGAAACUGCUAAGCGUAAAGAUACUCUACCAAGUGCGAUAAAACGUUUUUUUGAAUGGAAUAUUUCGCAUAACCAAGAAACUGAUAUUAAGUUGGCACAGCAUAUUUUAAAAAGACCAAUUAUAAUAUCUAGCAAUGAUAACAUUUAUUAUAAAUAUGCUAAUUAUUUGACAGAUAUAGCUUUUAAAGCACUUUCCCCACACUUGGACUGCUACAAAGCUAUUACAUUGAAAUAUUGUUGUUUGGAAUCUCAAAAAUGUAUCAUUAGUUUUAAAACAACAGAACUAACAACAACGCCUACUACUUGUACCUGUGAGUUUAACCAAUCGAUGUCUUUACCUUGCAAACAUAUUUUUUUUGUAAGAUCUUAUUUUAAGUUACCAUUGUACUUGGAAACUUUGUGUAAUCCAAGGUGGACCAAAAAGUAUAUGACGGAUAACCAUCGUGUUUUUCAAACAAAAAACAUUAAUGAAAAAAAUACAUUUCCGAAUCCUAUAAUUACAAAAACAACAAAGAAAAAAAAAAAAAGUAUUCAAGAAAGAAGAAAUGAAGUGAUAAAAAUAACAGAUAAACUUGCAAAUGUUGUAAGUCAAUCCUGUGGUUCACGAUAUGACCAAAAAGUUUUAGUUUUAAAUACACUUUUAAACGCUUUUGCUGAAGGACAAAAUGUAUUAAUAAAUAAUGUGAAUGAGAAAACAUCUUGUUUGAAUAUUGAAAGUAAUAAUUCAGUAAAUCAGAGUGAGAGUGUCAUCACGUGUGCUGAAAAUAAUGCACAUAAUUUAUCUGUUCAGUUGGAAGAGUUGGAGAUUAAUGAUUUUGAAAACCAAUUAGUGGUUAUUGAAGAAAUCAUAAUGCCAUCACCGAUAAGAAUAAUAGGAAAGCCAAAAGGUUUAGGACGCACAACAUCGUCAUAUGUUAAACGACACCAAAAAAAUAAAACGAAUACACUUCUUCAUGAAAACUUGUUGAUUGAAAAAAACGAUCAACCUAUUUUGAUAGAUGAUCAAGCAGACAACAUCGACAACGCUAGUUGUACUAACAAAUCAGAUUCUACUGCGAUGAGUGUUAGAAAUGAAAAACAAGCGGAAACUACUGAUAACACAACAACUAGUCCGAUAAUUUGAAAGAAAACAAGAGGCCGUGGACGUCCAAGAGGUCGUACUCAGACAGCUGUUGGUCGCCCUAUAGCUAAAACCAGCAGUAGUAAAUUUUCAAUGCUUUCUCAUUUUUUACAAAUAAAAACUGUUUUGUCAUGGAUAAUUACUCCUGCAAUAAUCGAUAAUGUUAUUAGUAGAGAGUACACUAUUGUAGAAAAUGAUAUUAAUUUUGCUACUAUACCAGAUUUCUUAACCAGUCAUAGCAUUACUCCAAUAAUUUUCAAUACUAUACAAAAAUAUUUUGAAAAUAGUGCAUUCCAAAAACUAUUAACUGUUGUAAAUUUUAAACAAAAAAACGGCCCGUGGACCUGUGGUAAAUGCUGCAAUAUAAUGUUAUCAAAAGACUCGAAAAAAAUGAGCAUUGAAUGUGAAUACUGUUUGAUACGAUACGAGCUUAAAUGUAUCCAGUUAAAAACUGUACCGAAACGAUGGAUAUGUGAAAAAUGUAAAGGCUCACAAGCCAACUAAAUCAUUAAUCGAAAUAUGUUUUAUUAUAAGUAAAUUUUAUAAAGAGAAAAAUCUGUA